AUGGAUAUCAGUAAACCUGUCGGUUCCGAAAUCACUUCUGUUGAUUUCAGCGUCUUGUCCUCUAAGGACAUUAGAUCGCUUUCUGCCAAACAGAUUACAAACCCAACUGUCCUCGACAAUUUAGGCCAUCCAAUAUCUGGUGGUCUAUACGAUCUAUCACUUGGUGCAUUUUUGAGAAACUUAUGUACCACUUGUGGUUUGGAUGAAAAAUUCUGUCCUGGUCAUUUAGGUCACAUUGAAUUACCUGUGCCAUGUUACAGUCCACUUUUCUUUAACCAAUUGUACAUCUAUUUGAGAAGUUCUUGUCUAUACUGUCACCAUUUCCGUUUGAAGUCUGUGGAGAUCCACAAGUAUGCUAUGAAAUUGAAAUUAUUGCAAUAUGGUUUAAUUGACGAAUCAUAUCAAUUAGAUGAAAUUACUGUUGGCGAUUUGCAAGAUUUCAUUGAAGAUUUUGAUGAAGCUGAGGAAGAUAACGCUAUGGAAGAAGAUGAUGAACCAAAGAAAAAAUUUUCUUCGAAGAUUGACCCAGCUAAAUUAGUAAGAGAAUUGAAGGACAAACGUACAGAGUUUGUAAACAUUUGCAUCGCCAAGGCUAUCUCUUGUGGUAAGACUAAUGAGAGAGGUACAUUUACCGCUACCGUUAGUGACGAGAGAAAGAAAUUGAUCCAUGAUUUCCAUAAGAGAUUGUUAUCUAGACCAAAGUGUGAUAACUGUGGUAUGUUUUCACCAAAGUUCAGAAAGGACGGUUUCACUAAGAUUUUUGAAACAGCUUUAACGGACAAGCAACUAACUAAUAACAGAGUUAAGGGUUUCAUUCGUCAAGAUAUGAUCAAGAAACAACAACAAGCUAAGAAAUUGAAUGGUGAAGAUACUACUAAUGAUGAACCAGACUUCGAUGUUGGGAGAAAUCCAGACUCAAGACCAAAGACCGGUUCUACUUACAUCUUAUCUACUGAAAUUAGAAAUAUUUUGAAUUCUGUCUUUAGAAAGGAACAACAAGUUCUUCAAUACGUAUUCCAUGCCAAACCAAAUUUAUCUAAGAAAUAUGUUUCUGCUAACUUAUUUUUCAUGGAUGUAGUCGUUGUUCCUCCAACUAGAUUCCGUUUACCUUCUAAACUAGGUGAAGAAAUUCAUGAAAACAGUCAAAAUCAACUUUUGUCCAAGAUUUUAACUACAUCUUUAUUAAUUAGAGACUUGAACGAUGAAAUGUCCAAAUUGGAAAAGGAUAAAGUUUCUUUAGAAGAUAGAAGAAUCAUUUUCAGUAGAUUGAUGAACGCUUUUGUCACCAUCCAAAAUGAUGUUAACGGAUUCAUAGAUUCUACAAAAGUUCAAGGUAACAAUGGUGGUAAGCUUCCAGUUCCAGGUGUCAAACAAGCUUUAGAAAAGAAGGAAGGUUUAUUCAGGAAACAUAUGAUGGGUAAGCGUGUUAACUAUGCUGCCCGUUCUGUUAUUUCUCCAGAUCCAAAUAUCGAAACUGAUGAAAUCGGUGUUCCACCUGUUUUCGCUACCAAGUUGACAUACCCAGAACCAGUUACUGCAUACAAUAUUGCCGAAUUGCGUCAAGCUGUUAUCAAUGGUCCAGAUAAAUGGCCUGGUGCGUUACAAAUUCAAAACGAAGACGGUUCUUUGGUCUCUCUGAUCGGUAUGUCUUUAGAACAACGUAAAGCUUUAGCAAACCAACUGAUGACACCAUCAUCUCAAAAUGCUGCUACGCACACCAUCAAUAAGAAGGUUUACCGUCAUAUUAAGAACAGAGAUAUUGUAAUCAUGAACCGUCAACCAACUUUGCAUAAGGCUUCUAUGAUGGGUCACAAGGUUAGAGUUCUACCAGGUGAAAAGACCCUUCGUCUACAUUAUGCUAACACUGGUGCUUAUAACGCCGAUUUCGAUGGUGAUGAAAUGAAUAUGCAUUUCCCUCAAAACGAAAACGCUAGAGCAGAGGCUUUUAACCUGGCUAACACCGAUUCUCAAUAUUUGACACCCACUUCUGGUUCUCCAGUUAGAGGUUUGAUUCAAGAUCAUAUUUCUGCUGGUGUGUGGUUAACUAAUAAGGAUAGUUUCUUUACAAGAGAACAAUAUCAACAAUAUGUUUAUGGUUGUAUCCGUCCUGAAGAUGGUCACUCAACCAGACCAAAAAUUGUCUCAGUUCCUCCAGCUAUCAUGAAACCAGUCCCACUUUGGACUGGUAAGCAAAUUAUCACCACAGUUCUAUUGAAUGUUACCCCAGCUGAUAUGCCAGGUAUAAAUUUGACUUCUUCCAACAAGAUUAAAAACGAGUACUGGAGUAAACACUCUGAAGAAAACACUGUUUUGUUUAAGGAUGGUGAACUUCUGUGUGGUAUUUUAGAUAAAUCCCAAUAUGGUUCGACUAAAUAUGGUAUUAUUCAUUCCUUGCAUGAAGUUUAUGGUCCAUCCAUUGCAGCCAAAACUCUUUCUGUUCUAGGGAGACUGUUUACCAACUAUAUUACAGCAACGGCAUUUACUUGUGGUAUGGACGAUUUACGUCUGACUGACGAAGGUAACAAAUGGAGAUCUGAUAUUUUGAAGACCUCUGUUGAUACAGGUCGUGAAGCCGCUGCUGAAGUUACAAACUUACCAGCUGAUACUGCCGCAAAUGAUCCAGAACUGUUGAAACGUUUGGAAGAAAUUCUUCGUGAUGAUAACAAAUCUGGUAUUCUAGAUGCUGUUACCUCUUCUAAGGUGAAUGGUAUCGCCUCUAAGGUUGUUGCAAAAUGUGUUCCAGGUGGUACUAUGAAGAAAUUCCCGGAAAACUCUAUGCAAUCUAUGGCUCUUUCUGGUGCUAAAGGUUCUAAUGUCAAUGUUUCUCAAAUUAUGUGUCUAUUAGGUCAACAAGCCUUAGAAGGGAGAAGAGUACCAGUUAUGGUCAGUGGUAAGACUUUACCAUCUUUCAAACCUUAUGAAACCGAUGCUAGAGCUGGUGGUUAUGUGAAGGGUCGUUUCUACUCCGGUAUCAGACCACAAGAAUAUUAUUUCCAUUGUAUGGCUGGUCGUGAAGGUUUAAUUGAUACAGCUGUUAAAACAUCCAGAUCUGGUUACUUACAACGUUGUUUAACCAAACAACUAGAAGGUGUUCACGUUUCAUAUGAUAAUAGUGUUCGAGAUGCUGAUGGUACUUUGAUUCAAUUCUUAUACGGUGGUGAUGCUGUCGAUGUAACAAAAGAAUCUCACAUGACAAAGUUCAAUUUCUGUGUUGAUAACUAUGACGCCUUCUUGAAGAAGUACGACCCAGCUGCAUUAGUUGAACAUCUUGAUGUUGAAACUGCCUUAAAAUACUCCAAGAAAUCUCUAAAGAACAGAAGAAAACACGAGAAAGAACCACACUAUGAGCAAUCCACCAAAUAUGAUCCUGUAUUGGCUAAAUUCAACCCAGCUAAAUACCUUGGUUCCGUAUCUGAAAACUUCCAAGAUAAAUUAGAGGGUUUCCUAGAUGAGAACUCCAAACUAUUUAAGUCGAAAGAUAAUAUUAGUGAGAAGAAAUUCAGAGCUUUAAUGCAACUGAAAUAUAUGCGUUCUCUAAUAAACCCAGGUGAGGCUGUUGGUAUCAUUGCCUCUCAAUCCGUUGGUGAACCAUCUACUCAAAUGACAUUAAACACUUUCCAUUUUGCUGGUCACGGUGCUGCUAAUGUUACCUUAGGUAUUCCUCGUAUGAGAGAAAUUAUUAUGACCGCCUCUGCUGCUAUCAAAACUCCACAAAUGACUCUUCCAAUCCUGAAGGAUGUUUCUGAUGAUAAUGCAGACACCUUCUGUAAAUCUAUCUCUAAAGUUGUCCUAUCAGAAGUCAUCGACAAGGUUACUGUUACUGAAACAAGUGGUUCCACUGCUAAUAACACCAAUGCUCGUGCAUAUGCUAUUAACAUGAAGUUCUUUGAUUUUGAUGAAUAUAGCGAAGAAUACGAUGUCUCCAAGGAAGAAUUACAAGAUGUUGUAUCUGAAACUUUCCUACAUGCUUUGGAAGCUGCUAUUAUCAAGGAAAUUAGAAAACAAAAGAAGACUGCUCUACCGGAUGUGGGUGUUGCUGUACCAAAGGUUCAAGAAUAUUCAGAAUCAUCCAAGAAGCUUGAAGAAGAUAAUGACGAACAGGAAGCUCACAAGAAGACGAAACAAGCCGUUUCUUACGAUGACCCGGAUGAAGAUGAAAUUGAAACUAUGAGACAAGCUGAAAAGUCAUCUGACGAGGAAGACUUGGAUUCUGAUAUGGACUCGAGUAGUAGUGAUUCCGAAUCUGAUAAUGAAGAUAGUGAUGGUAUGGAAGGCGUUUUGUCUAGAGCCAUUGAUGAAGCUAACAAGAAUAUGAGCAAGACACAACGUGACAGACAAUCUGCUAUUGUAUCGAACCACAGAUUUAUUACUAAGUACAACUUUGAUGAUACCGAAGGUAAAUGGUGUGAAUUCAGAUUAGAACUAGCUGCAGACACUGAAAAGUUGUUGAUGGUUAACAUUGUUGAAAAUAUCUGUAGAAAGAGUGUUAUUAGGCAAGUCGCCCAUAUUGACCGUUGUGUUCAUCCAGAACCAGAAAAUGGUAAGCGUGUCUUAGUUACCGAAGGUGUAAAUUUCCAAGCAAUGUGGGAACAAGAGGAUUUCAUUGAUGUAGAUGGUGUUAGAUCCAAUGAUAUCGCUUCCGUCUUAAAGACCUACGGUGUAGAAGCUGCCAGAAACACGAUUGUUUAUGAAAUCAAUAACGUUUUCUCCCGUUAUGCUAUUUCUGUCUCUUUCCGUCAUUUAGAUUUAAUCGCUGAUAUGAUGACAAGACAAGGGUCAUACUUGGCCUUCAACAGACAAGGUAUGGAAACUUCCACUUCGUCUUUGAUGAAGAUGUCAUACGAGACUACCUGUCAAUUUUUGACUAAGGCAGUUCUGGAUAAUGAUCGUGAAGAGCUAGAAUCUCCAUCUGCAAGAAUUGUUUUAGGUAAACUAAAUGGUGGUGGUACUGGUUCGUUUGACGUUUUAGCCAAGGUUCCAGCGAGAACCUAA